ACCUACAGAGAAAGAUUUCAUUGUUUAGGUCUGUUUCUCUGGUGUGGUUGCAUUAAUAUUAGGAGGAAUUCUGGAAAAGGUGGGACCUUUACAUUGCUGUGUAGUUUUGCUUCUCUUUGGAUUAGGCAACAUUUCUUGCAAAGUAAUAUGAUAGGUAGGCAAGGUGAGGGAUUAAAAACAGGAGUGGCUUUGAAACUGUAGUAAAUUACAGUGAGAGAUACAAGGAGAAAAAAAAGGAAAGAUAAGGACAGUCAUAUUGGCAUUAGCAUUGAGAACAGGUGCUUGUGGGAGUUGCCGUGUAUUUGGAUCAGAUAGCCAAGGAUAUCUCAAUUAAGGAGUUGAAGAAACAAAUUGUCCUGAUCAUAUCUUUGCAUUCAUCUGGUGCUCUCUGAGCCCCUGAGAGCUCAUCUUUCCACUUAUUAUGGCGAGCUACCUGUACUACCUGCUCCCAGCAGUAGGGGGCUACGCUCUCACGUCACUGUACUUUCUGAAGAACCCUCAUGUUCUGCACAAGAAGAAGCAGACUGCCUUCUACUGCACCCACAUCUCUCAUAGGGGAGGCUGUGGUGAAAGGAUUGAGAACACUAUGGAGGCUUUUACACAUGCUGUUGAAGUGGGCACAGAGAUGCUGGAGUUGGACUGUCACUUGACUAAAGAUGGUCAUGUGAUUGUGUCACAUGAUGAGAACCUGCUGAGGCAGACUGGGGAAGAUGUCACCGUCUCCUCCUUAAAUCUGGAGGAGUUGCCACCUUAUAAAGAGACACUCGAGGUCACCUUCAAGACUGGCCACUUCAGCACUGGAUCAGAUAGAAACUUUGCGUUAUUAGAGGAUGUUUUCCGCAAAUUUCCUCAUAUAGCUGUGAACAUCGAAGUGAAAGAAAAUAACACUAUGCUGAUUGAGAAGAUUUCUGAUCUUGUGAAAAAAUACAACAGAGACGGCAUCUCAGUUUGGGCCUCUGUUGACUCCACCAUCAUGAAAAACUGUCGCAAAGCAAACUCCUCUAUGCCCUAUAUGUUCACUGUAAAUCGAGGUUUGCAGCUGCUCCUGCUGUACUACACUGGUCUUCUGCCAUUUGUUCCCCUCGGAGAGAGUUUCCUGCAGUUCUACUUGCCACAAAUCUUCAACAGAGAAUAUAUACCCGACAUGUGGAUUUUGAGAAGCAGUCUGGUCACCUUUUUAAUUGAAAGACUGACAAUGAGAAAAGGCUUGUUCAGGCACCUCAGAGAAAGAGGAAUUCAGAUCCAUCUCUUUGUUUGUAAUGACGAACAGGAUAUCGAGGCAGCAUUUGCCACAGGAGCAACUGGAGUCAUGUCUGACUAUCCCACCCUGUUAUCAAACUAUAUUAGGUGCAAACAAGCCACAUGAUCAAACACACAGAGUGUACCUUUGUCUAGUCAAACACUGUACAAAUGCUGUUUGCUUUUAAUCACACAGCCAAGUUUAUUUUAAUGCCACUCUCACCUUAUCAACACUGGAUAUAAAUUACAGAUGAAACUUGGUUUACGCAAUCUUCUUAGGACAAUUUGUGUGACUAUGAACACACAAAAAUAAAUAUAUUUUACAAAUA